AAUGGCUGAAGUGGUGAGCUUCACGGUUCCUGCGGGAUCUGACAAGACGCUGUUUGUGUGGGAGCUGAGCCCCGGGCCUGGGGCCGAGGUCCUGCAACAUUCUCUGUUCACAGAGUUCUCUCGGUUUGGGCUUCUCUAUUCAGUCCGAGUCUUUCCAAAUGCUCCUGAGGCCACUCCUGGUUUCUAUGCCAUCAUCAAAUUCUAUUCAGCAAGAGAUGCCUGCAGAGCCCAGAAGGCAUGUGAUCAGAAACAUCUGUUUCAGAAAUCUCCUGUGAAAGUUCGUCUUUGCACUAGACGCAAGAUGCAUCAGCAUCCCAUCUAUCCACUCAGCAGCUUCAGAUGCCAAGAACUGGCGAAUUACUAUUUGGGUUUCAAUGGAUGGUCAAAACGAAUUAUCAUGUUACAGAAGCUUCCUGACUUCAUAGUAAAGGAAAACACAAGCCCAGACAAGUCAUCUGCAAGGCAAAGUCUGAAGUACUUCUGUGCUUUGGAAGUGGUGUUGCCAGUCUACGAGUGUCGAAGUCGUGGUGUUGGCAUUGCAGAAGAAUAUUUGGAGCAACAAGAAGGCCCAUUAGAGUUUCUUAUGAAAAAGAAGAAAACUCAGAAGCUUGCCAUUCAAAAAGCUUUAUCAGAUGCAUUUCAAAAAUUGCUGAUGGUGGUUUUAGAGAGUGGUAAAGUGGUUGUGGAAUACAGACCCACUGAAGAAAGAGACUCUGUAUCAGAAGAAUUUAAGGAUCUGAUUCAAGUCAAUGAUGUUUCUUGGAAUCAGUCCUACCAAGGGGAAGAAGAAUGUCUCUCAGAUUUCAGCCUGAACGGAGAGUGAUCAAACUGCACAUAGAAGCAAACCUGCCCUUCCCAGGCCCUGCUGGGCAGAGCAUACCCCCGACACGCAUAGAUGGGUUUGUGUUCCUGACACUUGUAUCCUUGCCCACCCUGUAAUCGGGGCAACAGGAUGAAGCUGAAUGGGGGAGGGAAAGAUGGACGGAGGUAUAGAACCUGUGCUUGUUCGGGGGUUUUUUAGGGAGGUGGGAGAGAGGGAGCAAGGGGAGGACUGAAGCUGACCCUGUGGUUGCACUGAAGUGGGGAAUUUGUAGUGUGGAAAUUCCCCUACCUGGCCUACUUUGAAUGUGUGAU